AUGACUGGAAUUGUGCUGGGGCUUCUCUCCCUGUGGCAUAAAUAUCGAAUCCCUAUACUCUUCCUGGCCCCCGUUGUUCUUGCCGUAGUGCGACUCCUCCCGAAAUACCCUACAUCCGACCCCUCUCACUCCUCCGGCUCAUCCCCAUCACCAUCUUCAAAGGAAACCAUAAAUUCGGGUGAUGUGCAGGAUCGAGAGUUGUUGUUGUCCAAGACAGAGCCCCCGUCGGCAACUUUGACCAAACAUGACCCUUCGCGAUCCUCCUCCCCUGACAGCGAUAAAAGGACCAAGAGGACUCUUAAUGGACCAAAGAGAGUCCAUGGCACGAAGCCCUUAAAAAAUGAUGUAAACCGCUUGACCGGGCAUGCGAGAUUACCCCAGGAUAUUGCUAUCCAACCUUUAGUAUUUUACGCGUCCUUAACGGGUUCGACUGAAGCCUACGCCAAAUCAUUCUGCGACCGGCUUCAGGGUGUAGCGCAAUCGUCACUGAAUAAUGGCAAUGGAAUAUUCCUUGCUCCACAGCUCCAUGAUCUGUCGUAUAUAGAGUUCGAUGACUUCUUCAUCGCGGCUCCCAAUCCAACAGACUCUGCCCCGAAUACUAAGUUCUUUUAUUGUAUUUUGAUCCCCACUUAUAACGUCGAUACUAUGAUAAAUACAUUCCUGGACCAUCUGAAUGAAACCCAUAAUGAUUUCCGCAUCAAUACCUCCCCUCUAUCUGGGUUGGUAGGGUAUUCCGUAUUUGGUUUCGGAGAUGGAGUGGGCUGGCCUACCGAAGAAGCAGGUUUCUGCUCGCAGGCAAAGGAAGUGGAUAGAUGGAUGGCCAAGCUGACGGGAAAGAAGAGAGCGUAUCCAUUAGGAUUGGCAGACGUCAAAGGAGAAAACCUUCAAAUUGUUCUCAGUGAGUGGUGUGACGGCUUGAGUGAUGUUCUCUCCGAUCUGGUGGCGUUAGGGGGAGGGUUGGGGGAAGGUGUUCCCGGAAGUGGCGAUCCCAUCGAAAGCGAUGAGGAAGAAGAUAUUGAUGGCGAGCCCACAGAAAACAAAACCAAUGGCGGGAACAGGCUAAAGAAAGACCAGGAACAACAGCUGAUUGUCGAUAUGGAAGACAUCAAGUUCGCAAUUUCCGACGAGAAGAAGACUUCAGCUGAUUCUCAAUUAUUGCCUAUCGAUUUUACGACGCAGUCGGGAACGCAAUCUUUUAAACCUGCUGCACAGCUUGAAAUGGUACCCACAUCGUCUCCCACUCACGCUGCGCUAACGAAGCAGGGAUACACAAUUGUUGGCUCACAUUCGGGGGUGAAGAUAUGUCGUUGGACAAAAUCCGCAUUGCGAGGACGGGGCUCCUGCUAUAAGAAUUCGUUCUACGGAAUUAAGUCGCACCUUUGUAUGGAAACCACACCCUCGCUCUCAUGCAGCAACAAAUGUGUCUUCUGUUGGCGCCAUGGAACAAAUCCAGUGGGAACCACUUGGCGGUGGAGGGCCGAUCCUCCAGAUCUCAUUUUUGAUGGGGUAAAAGCUGGUCACUACAAGAAGAUCAAAAUGCUACGAGGUGUACCUGGUGUUCGAGCGGAACGCUUCGCAGAGGCGAUGCGUAUUCGACAUUGUGCUCUGAGUUUGGUUGGCGAGCCGAUAUUCUAUCCUCAUAUCAACAAAUUCCUGGAGCUUCUUCACGGCGAACAUAUUUCUAGCUUCCUGGUCUGCAAUGCACAGCAUCCGGAUCAACUUGCCACCCUUGAUCGCGUUACCCAAUUAUAUGUUUCUAUUGAUGCCAGCAAUCGUGAAAGCCUUCGGAAGAUCGACCGCCCCCUUCAUCGUGACUUCUGGGAAAGAUUCCAGCGUUGCAUUGCCAUUCUGCGAGAAAAAAGAUACUUCCAGCGGACCGUUUAUAGGCUUACACUUGUCAAGGGGUUCAAUGUCGACGAAGAAGUAGUUGGUUAUGCCGAUCUUGUAGAAAAAGGUCUUCCUUGUUUCGUCGAGGUCAAGGGGGUGACUUUUUGUGGCACAAGUACUAGUGCGAGUGCUGGGUUGACCAUGAAAAAUGUUCCGUUCUAUGAAGAAGUCGUCUCCUUUGUUGUUGCGUUAAAUGCUGAACUGUCCCGGCGUGGUCUUGGGUACGGCAUUGCUGCUGAACACAGUCACAGCUGUUGUAUUCUUCUUGCGUCAAAACGCUUCUUUGUGAACGAUCGGUGGCAUACGAGAAUCGAUUACGAUAAAUUUUUCAUUCUUCUACAGAGAGAGAAAAGUGACGGUAUCCAAUUUCGUCCUGAAGACUAUAUGAGGGAGACCGAAGGAUGGGCGUUAUGGGGUAAUGGAGGUUUUGAUCCGAACGACAACCGCGUUUAUACCCGGGGGAAAAACAAGGCCAAACAGAACGCCACUAUUGAGGAGUCACAGGCACAAGGCGCUUCCGUUAACGGUUGA